AUGGAGACGACAACAUGUGUGAAAUCAGAAGCCAACCAAGUGCGGAGGCUAUUCAGUUCAUUAGAGGCUGAUGAUGAUUGUGUCCCCAAACUUGUAAAGAGACGUCGAAGAGAACCACCUCCCGGAGGAGCCACGGCUACUACUGUUAAAAGGAGUUCAAGAUUUCGAGGAGUUAGCCGGCAUAGAUGGACCGGAAGAUACGAAGCUCAUUUGUGGGAUAAGGGUUCAUGGAAUGUGACUCAAAGAAAGAAGGGUAAACAAGUUUAUCUAGGAGCUUUUGAUGAAGAAGAAGCUGCAGCAAGAACAUAUGAUCUUGCUGCCAUCAAGUACUGGGGACCAACGACUGUCAUCAAUUUCCCUGUGUCUGAUUACGAAAGAGAGAUCGAGACAAUGAAGAGCCAAACAAAAGAGGAAUAUUUGGCUUCCUUAAGAAGGCGAAGCAGCGGUUUUUCUAGAGGGGUCUCCAAGUACAGAGGAGUUGCAAGGCACCAUAACAAUGGAAGAUGGGAAGCAAGGAUAGGAAGGGUGUUUGAGAACAAAUAUCUCUACUUGGGCACUUACAAUACUCAAGAAGAGGCUGCACAUGCGUACGAUAUAGCAGCAAUCGAAUACAGGGGAAUCAAUGCAGUAACAAAUUUCGACUUAAGCACAUACAUAACAUGGCGAGUUAGGCCUGAAGACAACAACUCUCUUGUACCUGUGCCAAUGCCAAUGCCUGAGCAACAGCUUAUUGAUAAUGGAAACUCCAUUAACCGUCAAAAGCAAGAAGCUCUUGUACAAACAAAGAUGCCCUUAAUAAGCAACCCUCACAAAUCAUCAUCUACAACUGCCCUGGGACUCCUCCUUAGGUCCUCCAUGUUUAGAGACCUGGUUGAUAAGAACUCAAAAUAA